AUGAAUCUUUUCAGACCGUUCGUCAUCGAGCGACUAAGUGCAGCAGCUGAGGAGAUAUUAGGAGCUUUCGAGAGGACGAUAGAGGAGCGCGAGAAAGAGAUUGAUCGACAGAGGAGACUGCUGGACAUCAUCCUGAAGCCCAGUGUUACCUUACACAGAACAGGGGUAAAGCCUUUCAAAUGCACCACUUGUGGGAGAGAUUUUACCUGGAAGUAUGACAUGGAGAGGCAUACAAGGACUCAUGCAGGGGAGAAACCAUUCAGAUGCACCAUGUGUGGGACAAUGUUUACCCACAAGUCACAUUUACAAAGGCAUGUAAGGACUCAUACAGGGGAGAAGCCAUUCACAUGCGCCACAUGUGGGAAAAUGUUUACCCGGAAGUCACAUUUACAAGGGCAUGUAACGACUCAUACAGGGGAGAAGCCAUUCAGAUGUGUCACAUGUGGGAACAUGUUUAGCCGGAAGUCAAGUUUACAAAGGCAUGUAAUGAUUCAUACAGGGGAGAAGCCAUUCACAUGCGCCACAUGUGGGAAAAUGUUCGCCCAUAAGUCAGAUUUACAAAAACAUGUAAGGACUCAUACAGGGGAGAAACCAUUCACAUGUGCCACAUGUGGGAAAAUGUUUACCCACAAGUCAAAUUUACAAACACACAUGAGGACUCAUACAGGGGAGAAGCAAUUCAGAUGUGCCACUUGUGGGAAAAUGUUUACCCAGAAGUCAUAUUUACAAAGGCAUGUAAGGAUUCAUACAGGGGAGAAGCCAUUCACAUGCGCCACAUGUGGGAACAUGUUUACCCAGAAGUCAGAUUUACAAAGGCAUGUAAGGACUCAUACAGGGGAGAAGCCAUUCAGAUGUGCCACAUGUGAGAAAAAGUUUGCCUAUAAGUCAGAUUUACAAAAGCAUGUAAGGACUCAUACAGGCGAGAAGCCAUUCAGAUGCGCCGCUUGUGGGAAAAUGUUUCCCCGCAAGUCAGAUUUACAAACACACAUAAGGAUUCAUACAGGGGAGAAGCCAUUCGGAUGCAGCACGUGUUGGAAAAUGUUUUCCCACAAGGCAAAUUUACAAGCACACAUGAGGACUCAUACAGGGGAGAAGCCAUUCACAUGCACCACAUGUGGCAAAAUGUUUAACCAGAAGUCACAUUUGCAAUCACACAUAAGGACUCAUACAGGGGAGAAGCCAUUCACAUGCGCCACAUGUGGGAAAUUGUUUAUCCGGAAGUCAUUUUUACAAAGGCAUGUAAGGACUCAUACAGGGGAGAAGCCAUUCGGAUGCAACACAUGUGGGAAAAUGUUUACCCGGAAGUCAAAUUUACAAAAGCACAUAAGGACUCAUACAGGGGAGAGCCAUUCAGGAGCUGUGAUUCUGGAAAUGGGUUCAGCCCGAAAUGGCAUCUCAAACAACAUGUCAUGAUCCAUACUGGUGAGAGGCCUCACAGGUCACUGCAAAAAAAGUAAACCGACUAUUUAUCUUAGUCAUUUAUAUUCAUUUCAUAUUGCAACAUGUGUCAGAGGAUUAAAUUGAA